AUGGCGUACAAUUCACCUCAUCGCGGAGGCUAUGGAGCAUAUGGAAGCCCUGCUCGAGGUGGACAUGGUGGAGGCGGGUACGGAGGCGCUCAGCCGCAGGCCUACUAUGGAGGGGCAGGUGCAGCAGCCGGUCACGCAGCAGGGCGCGGUCCUCGUCGAUCCGGAGGACGCUACUCGGGCGGAGGAGGCGGCGGUGGCAGGCACUCCCAAUGCGGUGGCGGUGGCGGUGGCGGUGGGGGCGGAUCGCAUACCUCCAAAGCCGAACAAGAAGCGGAUCGUAUAGCGGCAAAGAUCAAAUCCUUGCGCUCGACGCUCUUUAGAUGGGGUGAUCCGCAUCAUGGAGCUGGAACGGACGCGGCGAUAGGUCAAGGCGGUGCAGCGCAGCAGCAGGCAAAGCAAGAAGAAGCGUUCAAUGCGCAGAGCGAGAUGCACUCGUUCGCAAAGUGGAUCGAGGGUCUUUGGAAAGACCGCGAAGAGGUCAAAGCUGCUUGGAGAGUAAUGUGAGCACGACAAUGGGCUAAUAGGCGUCGGUUCGAUGUUGCGACUGAUUGGAGAUGGUUGUGUGAUCAUGCGCAGGAUCACGGAACAGCCACACAAACUUCCACUUCACGCAGCGCUGCUCGGAUACAUGUUGCUGGCACCAGCUACUCCCACAAAGUCCAAAGAUGCUGCUAACAAGAAAGAAGACGCUGAUGCGACUGUCGCGGCUGCCACAGGUGCGGCAGUCAACGCCCAAGCAAACAGUAGCGCGGAUCCAGACGAUAGCGCAGAGGCAGAUCUGUAUAGCCUUGGCCAAGGUCAAGAAGAGAAAGGGCAUGACGGUGAACAGACGGCAAAGGAUGAGACAUCUGAAAGCAAAAGAAAGAGGUCUGUGGCCGAGGAGCUGGAAGCGCGAGAAAAGACGUACGAGACCAUGGGUCCCCUUAUCCUCACCGACCUGAUCAAAGCAUUUCAGCUCUGGCUGGACUCUCGCAUGUGGCGGAACGUGAGGCUGAGUGUGAGUUUUGAUCUCGAGACCCCCCGCAGCGCUGCGAAGCGUUGACGCGUAGAGAGCACAUUGCACUUUUUUUUAGCUUCACCUCUUUGCUUGCCUGUUAAAUCUGAGAGUCGUCAGUGCACAGUCGUUCCGGGACCUGUUGGGCUCUUUCGCCUCCGUGCUGGAUGAGCCUGGAGUGUCGGCUGCUCGAGGUGAUCGUGCUGCAAUCUGCGUCAUCGAGGCGCUCUGCUGGGCUGGGCAAGAUGCACUGGCGGGAGAAGCAGGGGAUGGCGCUGUAGAAGCGCUGGCUGAUCGUAUUGGAACGUACGGACGAUCAAGAAAAGUCGAAGUUGAGCUCAUCUCUCCCUGGCUGAGGUACGCCGGCUCGGCAGAGGAGGAUUCUUCGCUCCGUGAGGAAUCCUUCGAGAGUGCCGUGACGGCCCUGGAGAACUUGCGUGCAGGCGGAUGGCAGCGACCAGCCUUCUUGCCGGUGCCCCUGGAACUCUUACCACCAGCACUGCACGCCGCCGUAGCGUCGCGCGAGGCAGACAUUGAGCUGCCCUUUAUUCUGGUGCCGCCAGACGAAGAAGAGGAUGCGGGUGGUGUGACGUUCACCAGCGCUUCUCUUGCCGCAGCUACCAACGGCGCAAGUCAUCUCAAGCAUGCUUCGAAAAGACGAAUGGUAGCGCAACAGAAGCGCGCAGCCGCCACGACAAAGGGAGAAGAGGAAAAGCAACGUGCGGGUGCUGGCCCGCCUCGACUUUCACGUUCUGCCCGAUGGUUCGCCGAGGUGAGUGCAGCUCUGUGCGAACGGCAUUGACUCGGCUUGGAUGGGAUCGUUGACUCGUCUCUUCGCUCCCAUCUCCUUUUUUUUUCUUUGUAGAGCGUCCCGUCAUCUACAUCUCCUUCUGGCUUGGUGCUGAGAUCGUUGCUUGCGGAUGUUGUCGACCUGUACGAGGUGAAUCGCAAAGAGUGCGCACGCAUCCUCUUUGACUUUGCGCGCUGGUGCAGAGUUGGCACCUUUGUCGGUAAAAGCGUGGAGCCUACACUGGGCUUGUGUGGAGAUGUAGAGGACGAAUGGCAAAUCGUCGAUGGAGAUGUGCGAGGCGGCUGGUCCUUGGAUGAUACGCUCGUAGAGGUAAGCAGCAGCCUGCAGACGCAGACCUAGCUGUCAUGCGCUGACUGCUAGUUGCGUCUUUCCACAGACUGUCUUGUCGAUAGCGUUGCAGCUGCCAACUCCACCUCAUACGGGGCUGUUCUACAGCUGCUUGCUGCGCGAGAUAGUGACGCUGAGCCCGCAGACCGUGGCGCCGGCGAUCGGCAAGAGUGUGCGCAGGGUGUAUGGCGCGAUGCGUACGGGUCGAGCGGACGGCGAAGUCAUUCGCCGUUUUGGAGAUUGGUUCAGCGUCCACCUGUCCAACUUUGCUUUUCAAUGGGCUUGGAAAGAGUGGUGAGAGCUGCCGCGCGCUUCCAGAUCCGAGAUCUGCUCAGGCGGCGGUGCCUUUUUCUGACGCUUCAUCGCGCCACGAAACGUGUCCCCCGCAGGAUCCCUGACAUGAGUCUGCCAUCGGCCCACCCUCGCAAAGCAUUUGCUAGGCGGGUGGUGGAGCUGGAAGUCCGAUUGGCGUACUGGGAGCGUGUCAAGGGCACCCUGCCACCGGAGAUCGCCGAGGGUGUCUUGCCUGCGCAAGAGCCCACGCCAACGUUUACAUACGCAGCGGAAGGUAAGCAAGCCGCUUCGGGUCUAAGCAAGCACCCAUCUUCUCGCACUAUCUAACAUCGCUCUCCCUUUUUUUGUGGCUCAGGUCAUCCUCAUCGGGAAGCAGCCCUCGCGCUCAUUCAAUCCUUUAGGGCUCGCGCUACUGCACAAGUGAUCAUGGCGAACAUGGACGCUCUCAAAACGCAAAUCGUGCCUGACCAGCAAGACGAUGCGAUGUACGAGGAUGCGGCCGAGGCAGCAAACGAUGGCAAGGUCAGAGAUGAGAGAGAAGCAGAUAUUUUGGUACGGGACAUCAUCUUCCAAGCCAUCCUGAGCGUCGGAAGUCGUUCCUUUUCUCAUUUCCUCAACGUUGUAGAGAGGUAGGUCGAGCUGCGUCGGUUUUAUUAUCAAGCCUUUUGCGUUGACACUUUCCUUGCAUGGUGAUUGGCGCAGGUAUCACGCCUUGCUGCGACAGUUGUCAUCCACGCCAGAGCUGCGCAAAGCUAUCCUGGCAAGCGUAGUACGCUUCUGGGCCCGUUCUCCUCAAUGGGUGCAGAUCGUGUUUGACAAGUUGCUGCAAUAUCGCAUCGUCGAACCGACGGACAUCAUCGACUUUGUCUUUCAACCAUCCGGCAUCCGCUUCCCAGACCUGGUGGUCAUGGGUAGCGGUGAUGGCGUCGAAGGCUCUUUUUCUCGUGUCGAUUCAGCUGCAAAGAUUCCUCGUGAUUGGAGCAAUGCGAGCUGGUGGGACAUUGUCAGAUUGACGGUAGAGAAGGUCAAUGGGCGUGUGGAUCAGGUUCGAAAGCGUCUGGAGGCGCUGGAAAGGGAAGAAGCGGCGGAAGAGGAACAAAGAGCUGCUGCUCAGGUUGCUGGGGACGAAGAGCGGGCCAAAGCUGAACAAGAGCCUGCGCCUGCGCCUGCGCCUGAGCCGAAACUGCCGCUCUUUCCGGGUGCCAGUCUUCCACCCCGUCCGCCUGUUGCUGCUUCGCCGAUGAAGACGCCAUCGGCGCCGCCGCCUGCCAAAAAGGCGCAAGGGACGAGCGCCGAGGCCAAGGUGGCGCUCGAAGCUAUCCAGGCGGAACAGAGAAAGGUGAUGCUGGGGACCACGCGAGGCUUUGCGAUGCUGUUGAAGGCGAGUCAAGGCGAUUUGAGCAGCGCUGGACCAAUGCUGGAUGAGCACACGAGCCAAGAAGCCUGGCUUGCUUGGUGGGUUCGCGCUUGGUACCGAGAUUUCGCACGAUUGGUGAGUCAGCUUAGCGCGCCAUCAAGUGUGUGCGCUUCUUUUGCAAGACGUUGCGAAACCUGAGCUGAUCUCGAUACGCUGUACGCCCCCCGGACACCUCUCCUCUCAGUUUGCCAAGCAGCUCGCAGCUAGCAACGAGACGAUUACGAGCUUGGUCUUGAAUGAGCUUGCGCCCUUGGAGAGCGACGCGGCGAGAGACAUUUUCGACAGGGCGGUCCAGAUGGCAAGCGAGUGA